GAUGACAGCUUUGCAAAUGAUGACAAAUUGCAACAAAAACUUGUUAUUGUGUGUGAUAAAAAAGUAAAGUAGGUUUACUAUAUAGCAUAAACCACAUAUUAUACCUAACAAGUAAAUAUUAUUCGGUUUAUCAGAUUAAUAAAAUUAUCUUUCGAAAUCCAAUAGCACCUGACAAUGAGUGACUGGACGAAUCUAGAGGAUAUAAUGCAAGACUUGUCAGUGGCACAGGGGUGUGUGGUGCCAGCAUCAUUGGAGACAUUUGGUGCUGAAUGCCCUCCGGCUUACUAUGUUCAGGAAGAAGGUGAUCAACAUUCACAUUAUGACUCGGCUGACACAAUUGGAGGCUCCACUGCUCCGGAUUAUUCUUUAAUUCAAUUAAUGCUGAACAUGGUAAACAAACCAUCAGAAAGCCAUGAAAGUGACGCAGUAGAACCAGAACAGCUUGUUAAAAAAAAAAUUAACCGGAAUGUAGCUCUCACAUCUAUCUUGGCGGCUAAGGAAGCUGAACAACUUGAUAAGCAGCCGUUUUCUACUGGGGUAAUACCCACAAUGUUUAUAAGAAAGGCUGCAAGCCGGGCUGAAGUGAAAACUGAUAUAAAGUCACCACCUCCGAUAGUCAGUACAGAGAAACGAUAUUCCCCAAGUCCAUAUGCAAGAGAGUGCCAAAGAAAAUAUGAGGAGAAAAAAGAAAUUGUUGAAGACAAAGGAAUUGUUGAUAUUUGGUCAAAAGCGGAAAGACAGAUGAAAGAAAUUGAGGAGAGGAAAAAACGUUCAAUGCAGUUAGUUUCUCCGGCAGAUUGUAAUGCAGAUGUAGAUGCUCUAGAUGCAGUGAAAUUGUAUCGACAUCGACAUGAAAUCUGUGACGACUGCAUUGUGUGCACGGUUGCACACAAGCAUGGCUACCAUUUCUGAUUAAAUAGAACAGGGCUGUCCAAACCAUGGCCCGGCUUGAAUUGUUGCGGCCCGCAGAAUCUUUUAUAUCUUCUUAGUUUAAGUAUAUUAAUGAGCUAAUUAUAUUUCAUCCCACCAUCUCGGAAAGAAUAGUUUUGCACUUCAAUAUCUCAGUGCAAAAGCAGUUUUUAUCCUCUGGAGCGGCAAAGUGAUUUGAAAUUAUUUUCUUUCUCUUUCUUUUCUUCUUUCUCUUUCUCCAUUUGUGACAAUCUUGAUAAGAAUGAUUCAACUAAUUAAGUACUUUUUUUAGUAGUUUUUAGAUCGAUUUUUAACCUCGUUUUAUUUUUAAACUGAGUUUUUAAAUGAACAAACUUUAAUGGUGCUUCUUUUUAAUUUGAUACUCAUAUGCGCGCUAUUUUCUUUUUUUAACCGACUUCCCAAAAAGGAGGAGGUUCUCAAUUCGUCGGGAUCUUCUUUUUAUGUGUGUUCAACGAUUACUCGAAGACGCCUGGACUGAUUUGCAAAAUUAUUUUUUUGCUUGAUAUGGUAUACCUCCCAGGUGGGAUCUGCUGAUGGAAACCCUGAGAAAUCGAGGGCAACUUUCGAAAAUCGUAGGCAUGCAUAGUUUAAAAACUUGACAAUGCGGUUUACUAAUGACACCAUGCAACAGUGAAGGUUUGGAGCUGACCUGAUAAUGGAGGCGAGAGAAGGUCGAAGGAACUCGCCAUCUGAAUAUGUAAACUACCUCUAGUUUGGCCUUAUAUUAUUUGCAUUGAAGAGAUCUUUGCAACAGUGAAUGUUUGGAGCUGACCUGAUGAUGGAGACGAGAGAAGGUCGAGGGAACUCGACAACUGAAUAUGUAAACUACCUCGUGUUUCGGCUUAUAUUAUUCGUAUUGAUGAGACCUUUCCACUAAUGAGGAUAGUGAUAACUAUGCUUGUCACUGAAAAGCAAAAAAAAAAAACUAGACACUAGAUUUGAUCAACUAGAAUUCACAUCACUGAUUAGGUGAACCUAAACCUGUAUCUAAGAACUGUACAACCUUAACAUGCAAAUAAAUAUUUCGAGCUUUGAGUUUUGAGGUACCUAUUCGACAACUCGGGAAAAAGUUGCUAAUGAAAUAUUGAUAUAGGAUUUUAUUUUUAUAAAUAUUUGCGGGCCCCCAACAGGAAUUUUUGAUUGGCUCUGAGUCCCAUCUAGUUGGACAGCCCUGAACUAGAGGAAAACCAACGUUAAAGGUCCUUAGUAGGUACAUGCCAAAGUUGUUAACUGAUUUUAGAUUAUAUUUUAAUGAAGACAUUGGCGAUAAUAGAUCGACUAUAUUUAUUACUGAAUAUUUGUAAAACACUCCAGUAACGUAGUUUAUUAAGUCGUAUUUAUCUGUACGGUACUGGUUUGAUAUAAGACCGCAUAUCCAUUACCAGAGUGCCUAGCGUGAGUUAUGCCAGUUAAGUUUCUCAUUCAGCUUCUCUUUCUUUCGGUUUCUCAUCGCGUUUAUAUUACGUCCAAAAUGCCGAUGACAGUUUUAUUUAAUAAACAGAAAGUUAGAUAGAGAGUUAACUUGAAAAACUGGGUUAUCCGUCAUCUCGACACACAAAACUCACCACGAAUGUGUCCAGUUGGUGAAAUUCAAGAUUUGUACAUUUAUCAUGUCGUCAACUCGCCACGUCAAGUUUUAAUUCGUGUCCAGUUAGUGAAACUUAGAUUUUAUCAUUGCAUUUCCGUUUUGCAAACAUUUGAAAUGCGAAAAAAUUAUUCCAAACUCCUCCAUAGCAUUUUUAUUUAGAACUAGCUGAUUCGUAUCGUUUAAACCUUCCCUGGACCUCUCCUUCUCUGUCCAGCCAUUCUCGAGUUUUAGUCAGACUAACAAACAGCAAUUCAUUUUUAUAUAUAAGAGAAGGUAUAUUAAUUUCUAAAUAUUAGUUAGUAAGAAAGGUACCUACUUUGAAUUUCAUUCUACAAGUAUCUACUAAGAAAUCAUAAGUUCACUGAGUUUCACCAACUAGACACAUUCGUGGUGAGUUUAGUGUUUCGAGAUGACGAAUAACUCUAAAAACUCACACUAGUUAAAUUCGUACAUUAUCGACGAAGUAUGUAUUGUAUGUAUUGACUAGCAAGCGCAGCGUAGGACGUCCACCAACAAGGCGGACAGACGACCUUAUAAAGGUCGUCGGAAGACGCUGGAUGCAGGUCGCCUCCAACAGGUAUCUGUGGAGAUCUAAGGGGGAGGCCUAUGUUCAGCAGUGGACGUCCUAUGGCUGAGAUGAUGAUGUAUUGUAUGCUGCUGCAAGUUAUUAUAGCCUAUCGUUAUGUUUAGUAAGAUUUUAAGAAAGUUACUGUAAAAUUAUAUGCAUUAAGAGAAUUCUAUGUAUGUAUACUAAUAGAUAUUAUAAAAUGGA